AUGUGCUGCACACAGACCGCCUCAUGUUUCAGUUGGCACGAUAUUCGAGAUAUCGCAGGGCAGUGGAGUCUAAAGCAAUGCAAUAAUCAUCCAUCUAUAGCACCCUUUCGGUGCCCAAGUGCCAUGCCACCCGAAGGUUACACGAGGGUUGGGAUACUGCCAGGUUCCCCAAGUCUAGACAGGGGAAGUCGAGGAGCAAAGGUCGGGUUCGAACCACGGACCUUUCGGUCAUGUCAUUAUCCAACCACAGGCUUAAUCCCCGGGUCCCAAGUCAAUCGUUCAACUGUAGCACCCUUUCGAUGCCUAACUGCCAUGCCACACGAAGGAGGCACCAGGGCUGGGAUACUGCCAGAUUGCCCAAGCCUAGACAGGGGAAGUCAAGAGGCAAAAGUCGGAUUCGAACCACGGACCUUCCGGUCGGUAAAUUCGCGCUCGAACCACUUGGUCCAUCUCGCCCCGUCCCAAGUCAGUGAGACGGUAGCCGUCCACCCGGUUAACGCUUUUAUACUUUGUUACAAGGUCAUACGCUAUUCACCUCUGUCGUUUCCAGUCAGUACAGAACUGAGCAAAAAGGAUCUCCACCAGGUAGAGGGUCCUCGGUCACAGAGUACAGGAUAUAUUAGUUCGCGUAGACCGUGUGACACACCGAAAAAAAUGACAGUUGAUCUGUUCGCCGAGCUUAGCAAUUGGCUCGCAAACGUUUCGUCCCCAGUCGAGGAGACAUCGUCAGUGCGCAGUUGA